AUGUACAUCACACCCAACCAAUAUUUUUCAGCGUAUAGAGACUUGAAACGAACUUCACUAUCCCAUUCAACAUGCAAGCUAGUCAUUUUUGUUUCUUGCUUGGAUGUUGAUUCACUAUGUGCUGCCAAGAUGUUUAGUUUGCUAUUGAAGAAAGAGUUGAUUCAAUACCAACUACUUCCAGUGGUUGGAUACAAAGACCUUAAACUGCAUUAUGAUAGGUUAGAUGGCGAUGUGACUAAUGUGGUGCUAAUUGGAUGUGGAGCCAUGUUGGACAUUGAAAACUUUUUGGAGGUUAAUCCCGAGGAGUUGUUGGACAAUAACGCUGACCAGCCAGAGGAUGAUCAAGACUUGAACGAUGUAAGAGCAAACCAGUUCAAGAGGAAAAUAUAUGUGAUUGAUGGGCACAGGCCUUGGAACUUGGACAAUCUUUUUGGGUCCGAAGUUGUAGUAUGUUUUGACGAUGGAUAUGUCGAUGGAACCUUGCUGGAGGAAAAGAAGGCUUAUGAAGUGCUAAUCUUGGAAGACGAGGAGGAAAAUGAGUCAGGACCAGAAUCGGACUCUUCUGAUGAUGAGCUUGAAGAAGAAACAGAUGUCGAUGUACCGUCAGAAGGCGAAUUGGUCAUCAGCUCCCAAGACUCAGAAGACACUGUCGCACGCAAGGGGAAACUACAAGACAGGUAUUCAAAACAGCUCAAGAAACAAAGAAGACAAAAAAAAUCGUUGAACGAGGAUAGGUUGCAAAAAUACUACAAUCAGGGGUCGACUAUAAGCACUGCCAAUACAAUCACGGUCUAUGCGCUUCUUACAGCAAUCGGUGAGACCAAUUUGGAGAGUUUGUGGAUUGCUAUCAUCGGUACAUCAUCCUUGGACAGCCACUACCCUGAGAUAUACGAUAAGCUACAACCACUUCUUAAAGAGGAGGUGAUGAGGUUAAACCCCGAGCACGAAAACACCAAGAAGAAAGCUGAUCAAACGAUAUUACGUGUUGAACGAGACUACCAUUUAUUUCUACUACGGCACUGGACCUUGUACGAUUCCUUUUUCUACUCAAGUCAUGUGAAUUCCAAAUUGAACUUGUGGACAGAUGAAGGGAAAAAGAGACUUCAUAAGCUUUUUGCAAAGAUGGGGGUUUCCUUGGCUGUUGCGCAGCAGAAGUGGCUCUACAUGGAUACCAAAGUGAAGCGACAAUUGCCAAUUAUAUUCCGACGCUACUUGCCAAUCUACGGGCUCGAGGGGAUUGUCAGGGAAGGGUUUAUCAAGACAUAUGGAUAUACCGGUCUGCUUUCUGCGAUGGAAUGUGUUGAAGCCCUUAGUGCGCUACUCGAAUUGGAUGAAAAGUUUAUCCAAGAAGCAACAAAGCUAAAUGAGGAGGACAACAAGACUCUUGACAAUGAAGAAGACAAGAUAAGGAGGAGAAUGGAGAGGAAGGAGAGCUCGUGGUUGAAUAACUUUUGGUCCUCAUGGGAUGCAUUAAAUGUAACCAAGUCCUUAAAGACGAGUUCCAGCCAGUCAUCACCAUUUGCAAAAUUAAAGGGAAGUGAGCUACUUUUUCGUGGGUUGGAGUAUGCUAAGCAAUUACAACAAAUAACCUUCCGAACCGGUAUGUCUUUGCUUGAGCGUAAAAUGAUUAAGAACUUGAAGCUUUAUCGAUUGUGUGUGUUGAAUGACGGGGCUGUUCCUGAUUUGGAGAUAUUCAUUAACCCCUUGAUGUUGUCAAAGUUAGGUUCUUGGUUGAUUGAAAACUUGGCCGAGUUGGAUUUCAUUAAUGGCAACCACUCCUUGAAGCCUUUAGUGGUGGCAAGUUUGGAUGUGAGUAGUGACACUUAUCUCGUUAUUGGUCUUGCGCCAAGAUACCCCCGUGGCAUGAGCAAUUCGGAAAAGGCUAAGUUGUUGCAAGAGCAAUCCAACGAUAAGAUUACAGCUGAAUCAAUGACGACGCAUUUGAAUACAUUCAGUGUGGCGUUCCAACAAUUGUCCAACACCUCUGGAGCAAAAGUGCGGGUGGACAGUUUUGACAGUUCAAUAAUAGAAAUUAGAAAAGAUGAUUUGGCGCCAUUCUUGGAGAAGCUCACACUAAGUGGGCUCAUAUAG